UAACUCCCUACCCAAAAUCCAGGAAAUUUACAAUUUUACUGCAUUCAUUGAAAACUGUGACCUUGACGCUUGGAAUUUACGGGCAGUAAAUUCACAUGGUCAGAAAUAAGAUGAAAACGGUAGGGUAUGGAGAAGGUCGGUUACUUCUUUGAAUUUUAAACGUCCUGAUGCCACCUCGAAAUUUGUAAAGUCGUCAGCCUUCUUUCCUAUCGAGCAGCCAACCUUCUGUCAGACUAAUCCCUUCUCCGUCAUAAUCUCUCUUCUGAGAAGAAAAAUCAACUCUCGUCUACCUCUUACAGAAGCUCUUUGUGAGAAACCAUGGAAUCCUAGCGGUUCAUCCCUCAACAUAUCCUGGACCCAAAGAAUGCAAAGCAAGCCAAACUCUCUGAAAGUCAUAUCGAUAUUAUCAAGAACGGUUCCGGAUUUCCAGCGCAUGCAUCCAUCUUGUUCCCGGCCGCUAACGAGCGGGUUGACUGACAUUGCGAUGGAUGGGUCAAUUUCUUCAUGUAUCCCUUCAAAAUCGGUAUGAAGUUUCCUUUUUCUUCUCUAGCUAGAGACUUCUUGGCCUUUGUCAAAGUUUCCCCUUCCCAAAUAAUGCCACAAGUAUGGAGGGUUCUUCGUGGACUGGAAGUAUUGAGUGAAAAACACAGCAUCCCUUUCACCUUCGAAGAUCUGGGCUUCACUUACGAUCUUCGCUCUUCUGGAGCUGGACGGUUCACAUUAGCUGUUAAAGAUGCUCGCGAAGCACUUAUAUUGAGAGCGGACAAGGCCAAUGAUCGCGGCUGGAUGAGUCUGUUCUUCUUUGUACAGAAAGAUUCCCUAGGUUAUGAUGGGGCGUUUCUUGAAGAGAGUCUGCAUAAAGAUAGGAAGACAAUCCCAUUGAGCUAUGGUCUGAAUUCUGAAGAAAGGACUGCUAGAAUUUUAUCCAUAACCACCAUUGAGCGGACCUUUGGGAAUCUAGUGGCUGAUAAUGAAGGCUCGUGUGCGGUCUCCGUAGACGAUUCAGACCAUGAAUCAGAAGGUUCAAGAGGUGGUGGUGAAAAUGCAAGUGCCUUUGUUCCUCUCCAAAUGGUGUUCCCUGUUGUUCAGGACUCUUGCCCUCUCCAGACGAAACGUUCUGCUCAACAUCUGCUUCUUCAUCCAGCACGCGGCUGAUGCCUUCUUAUUAUGACCUCCUUAACAUGGUUUUGAGAAAGAAAAAAGUUCCUUCCAAGCUGGCUUCUGGUUCUCCCAAAACUCCACAUUGCCCGACUGUUGAAAUGAAAGUUGUUCCUCCUCUUCCAGUGAACGCUGCUGCCAAUUCUGACUCUGGUGUGAAGAUGAAUGCCUCCUUUUCUCGUGACUUCUGCUGUUUGAAGGAUGCUUUUAUGAUGAGAAGUGAAAUGCCUCAGGUUCUGCUUCCCUGCUCGUCUGCUGCGUUUGCUGAUAUUUCUUCAGCUGGUCUAGCGUUGGCUUCGUCGGCCUAUGCUUUCCAGGU